ACAUCAUUAUUAAAUAAAUAUAAAAGUGUAAAAUUCUAUAUAAAAUAAUAUUUUAAAAUUGAAAAUAUAUAUAAAGAAAAAAAAGCUAAAAGCAGAGCAUUUUGUAAUUUAAAAGAAAAAAUAAUCUUAUACCAGUUGCUUACAGUGCUGUUCAGUUGUUAAUAAAAAUAAUAAAUAAAAAUAAGAAAAUAAAUCAAGAAAAUAUGUUCAAAAAAGUUAAAACAAAUUAAACAUAACAAAAAAUAACCUUUAACCUUAAACAUAAAAUAAAAAAAAAAAUUUGCUGCAUAACAAAACCUUUUUAAGGGCUGUCAACACAUAUUAACCUACUACUACCUUUACACCACAACUUUUCACCUGAAAAAAAAUCAAUCAAGUGAAAUCAAUCAGUAGAGAGCUGCCACACUUGUGUUUUUAUAUAGUAAUUAAGUUUUUGUUAAAUUUAAAAAGCCAACAAAAGAAAUUUUCACUAAAUUUUGUUUAAAAUGUUGCAUUAUGAGAUGUAUGUUGAUGAUCAGCUGUUAAAGUAAUAACAUUUAAUAACAUUUGUUAUUUCGGCAUGAAAUGGAAGCAGCCAUACGUUCAUCAGUACAGGUCGGUGGUCCACAACCGCCACCUAAUGGUGGUCAAAAUCAACAACAACAACAACAGCAGCAGCAACAACAACAACAGCAGCAUCAGCAGCAACAACAACAUCAUCAACAGCAACUUCAUCACCAUCAUCAAUUACAACAACAGCAGCAGCAACAGCAACAAAAACAAUCACAAAAUACUGAUAAUGGACCUACGUCCAAUCAACCACCGCAACAUCAUUCACAGCAUACACAACAGUCUAAUCAGCAACAGCAACAACAACAACAGCAACAAGCAGCAAAUAUGUCAGCCUAUCAACAAAGGUUACCAGCUGGUGCAUCACCAAUUCAUAGAUUUUACAGGCCUGUUGCCGAUACUACGUCAUCGUAUACGAAGGGAAUUAGUGGUGGUCUGGGGCCACCACCACAUCAACAAACACUACAGCAACAGCAGCAACAAUUGCAUGCACAACAAAUGCAUCAUCAUCACCAGCAGCAGUUGCACCAGCAACAUCAACAGCAGCAACAACAACAACAUCAGCAGCAGCAACAACAACAACAUCAUCAGCAACAACAACAGCAACAACAUCAACAACAGCAGCAGCAGCAACAACAUCAUCAACAGCAACAACAACAGCAGCAUCAUCAACAACAGCAGCAACAACAACAACAAUCGUCACGUUCGGCAGCUAGUCCUCUAUCGCCACCACGACCCGGUCCUGGUUCACAAGCUGCUGCAAAUGUUUAUGCCAAAUUUACCGAUGUCAAUGCUGUGCGCGAAGCCCCCCAACGUUUCAUACUACAGAGUGCAUACGGUAUACCUGGUCCUGGGGCCCAGUAUCGUGAAAAUCCUUAUACGAGAAUACAACCGAUACAGGAUUAUAGAGUGGCUGCUGCUUUGGCAGCUGCUGCACCGCCACCUGGUUCAGCUGGUGUGGUGCAAGGACCACCUCCUCCCUCCAGUGUUAGCAUUAGUGCUCCACAUGGUCUGGACUCGUUGCAUUUUGCCCAUCCACCUGCCACACAUCAAACCGUAUCGACUGGAUCGACGCAAUUGCUUAGCAAUGCGCCCAAUUCAGCAACGGGAGCGAAUACAAGCGGUGGCACCAGUUCCCCACAUAACAUCAACAAUGCAGCACCUCCUAUGCCAGGUAGUGGCAGUAGUGGUAGCAUAAUUGGUGGCAAACGUAUACUUUUGCCACCUACACAUCGUCAGCAACCACAACCACAAUAUUCCAACGAGUAUCUGACAAAUGCUGUUUCGGCAGCUGCGGCGGCGGCAUCUUUAAAUCGACAUGGGCCACCUCAAGGUCCACCUGAUCCAGGUGGACAACAGCCCUAUAAAAAGUUACGACUGAGUGAAGCAAAUAAUGUUGUCACCAAUUCCUCAAACACUACCAAUCACCUGCCAACAACACAUCAACUACAAAAUGUCCAACCACCUCCGCCUAGUCAGCAGCAACAACAGCAGCAACAACAGCAGCAACAACAACAGCACCACCAGCAGCAGCUUCAUCUCCAGCAGCAACAACAUCAUCAGCAGCAGCAACAACAACAACAGAGACAACCUUCACCGGCUGUAGGUUUAACACAGGCACAAGCAAAUGCCCUAAGAUCAGCUAAUGCUGCUGCAGUCCAUGGUCAUUCGUCAUUGCCUCCACACACGCAUUUAACGGUCCUGCCGCCCACUCAUUUACCCCCGCAACAACAACAGCAGCUGUCAACCAUGCAGCAGCAACAAACUCAACCACAACCAGUGACGAUGCAUCAACUGAAAGUUGACACGCAGCAACUACCGCCACCACCAAAUGCCAAUACACCGCCUAUAAAUCGUGCUACGCCCACUUCACUGGCGGGUGUUAAUACGGCUCUAAAUGUCAUAACAAAUUCUUCUACAAGUUCUACACUUAAGGCCAAUGCCUCCUCAUUGCCCUCAUCGGCAGUCACCUCUAAUACGUUUUCCUCCGUUUCAACGACUACUGUUACAGCAACAGCGUCAACUACAUCAUCGUCGUCGUCCACAGAAGCCUAUCAUCCCCAGGUGGAGGCUAUAUCGCCCACGCUGCCCGCAGACAAUGCUGAAGAGCGCGGUCCCACUGCCAAAGAGAAGUUGUUAAUGCAAAUCCAAGAAGUGGACACAGAACUCUCUAGUGCCGACGAUGCCCUAACAGCACUGCGCAAAAAGGAGAAGAGCCUGCUGGAUGUGGUGGCAGUAGCUAAAAAGCAAAAGGAACAGGCCGAGGCGGCCAGGUUAAAGGCUGAAGCUGAUGCCGAAGAAGAUGCCGCCAAUUCGUGGCGUUCUAAAACGCUGGCUCAGAAAAUCUAUUUGGCGAACCGUAAAACGGCCGCCUCCCAACAUUCCAUACUGGACAGCUGUGGUGAACGCUACUUGCUGCCGUUGUACAACCAACCACUAGAUGUAGAACAUCUAGCCUCAGUUUUACAACGCCACCAAUCCAUCAUUAAAGGUCCCCUGUUGGAGCACAUACGUAAGAUAAAGAAUGAUCGUUGGGCACACCACACUAAGGUGGCGGAAACUUACGCUCAAAUGUCCGCGGAGUGGCAAAAACGUGUCGAUAAGUCUGAAGCAAGCGCUAAGCGCCGAGCACGUGAAGCCAAAAAUCGUGAAUUCUUUGAGAAAGUCUUCACUGAAUUACGCAAACAACGCGAAGACAAGGAACGCUUCAAUCGUGUGGGUUCACGUAUCAAGUCUGAAGCGGACUAUGAGGAGAUUAUGGAUGGUCUGCAAGAACAGGCCAUGGAGGUGCGGAAGAUGCGCUCUUAUGCCAUUAUACCACCGUUAAUGUACGAUGCCCAUCAACGAAAAUGCGUCUACCACAAUGAAAAUGGUCUGGUCGAGGACAUGGUGGCGGUGCAUAAAGAAAAGGCCAAACUUAACGUAUGGACAGCUGGCGAAAAGGAGAUUUUUAAAGAGAAAUUCCUGCAACAUCCCAAAAACUUUGGCGCAAUUGCUGCCAGUUUGGAUCGAAAAUCCGCACAGGAUUGUGUACGCUACUACUACCUCAGCAAGAAGACAGAGAACUACAAACAGCUGCUAAGAAAAUCCCGUCAGAGAACAAGAGCCUCGAAAACACUGCAAAAGUCGCAGCAACAACAGACUCAGUGCAUUAUUGAUUCGUUGACGACAGGUGUAACCACGCGAUUGCAAAGAGAACAACAGCAAAAGUCUGGAGGACGUUCAGCAGCGGCGGAAAGAGAACGUGAGAGAGCAGAACGCGAAAAGGCCGCAGAAAAGGCGGCAGCAGAAGCAGCCAAAGCUGCGGCCAGUGCAAAAGCCCAAAAAGCUGAAGCUGCUGCUUCGGCGGCUGAUUCAGUAUCCACAACAACAGCUGAUACCACUUCUACGGAAACGUCUAAAGUAACGUCCCAUAGUGGUGGCAGCAAAACAACAACAGCAACGACUAACACAACAUCUGCCUCUUCAACCACCACAGCCACCGCCACAACAACGUCUGCAGCGUCAACAACAACUUCCGCCUCCAAGGGCGAUAAAAGUGAAACCACAUCGAGCACAGAUGCUGCUUCCACCGGAACAGCUGCCAAAACGAAAGCGGGAGAUAACACUUCGAGCAAAGUGGAAGAACCUAAUAAAGAGGAUUCCAAAGAGAACAACACUAAGAAAAAAUCCAACGAUCAUCCUAAUAAUUCAACAACGACAAGUGAUAAAAAUAGUGGUGGUGGAAGUAAAACUGAAGCCACAACAACAAGUAGCACCAGCAGUAGUAGUAGCUGUUUUACAAAAGAGGAAGAUCCUUUAGCUAUUUCAACAACAUCUAUAACAGGCACAACUGCAACAACUACUACAGUUCUCUCGACUACGUCUUCUACUUCAACAACAUCGUCAUCAUCUGUGGUAACAAAUGCAACAACUACACAUCCGCCCUUAACAACAACUACAACGCCAAAUGGCAUUAAAUCCUCAUAUGCAGCAGCUAUGGCCCAACAAGCUGUCAAUGCUGCAGCAAACGUCACAGCCUCCUCCAAUGACAACAACAAAUCACCAGCCAACAGCAGUAGCAAUGAUAAACUACUGGCUAACAGCAACAACAAUAACACGUCCGCAAGUGCUACUAAGGAAAAUGCUUCUACCAAUAACAACAAUUCCAAUAGCAGUAAUAUAGCUGCCACCAGUAGCACGACGACGAAACAAACGGCCAAUAAUAGUAAUAAUGUUACAACGCCGACUACCUCAACUACGGCUGGUAAUUUCUUGGGUCAAAAACUGAAAGUGGCACAAGUUGAAGGCCUUAUGGGGGCAAAUAACAAUAAUAAUAAUAAUACAGACUGUAACUCAGAUGUUAGUGAUCCCAAAAAGAAACGUGUUGCUGAUACGGAUAAUUCGCAUAAUUUAACGAGUAGCCUUAACAGCAGCAACAAUAAUUCCAACACCACCAAUAUAACCAACAUUAAUAACCAACAACAACCUCCUUCUGCUUCUAAUUCUAAUACAAAUAAUCUUAAUUUGAAAGCUGCCUCGGCAACGUCCGCAGCAAAUAGCAUUCCUGCCAAUAUAAAUAGCAACAAUAAUAACUUGAAUGCAAAUGAUAUUGUUGCUUCUGCAGCAACAGCUGCAGCUGCUGGUUGUGGUGUUGGUGGUAAUACUAAUCUGUUAGCAACGAGCACUAAUGCUGCUGCAGCCAUUACUACUACCAAACCAAAUGCUGUAUCUACGGCUCAUAUAUCUUCAAUAGCAACUAUAACAUCAACCUGUACAUCAUCAACUUUAGCCGCUUCCUCAUCUGCCACAACUAUUGCUACAGCAGUCUCAUCUGCUGCAGUAGCUGCAUCAAUAACAACAACGACAUCGUCUUCAUCAUCAUUAUCUACAGCUGAUCAGAAUGCUAUCGAUGGUAAAGAUAAACUUGCCACCUGUUUUGUUUGCAAAGCGGAAAAUUGCCCCCGUACCCGUCCCCUGAAAAAGGGUCGUGGUCAACAAUAUGGCAUACCCGAUGAUACUAUACCAGCCGGUGCUAGAGUUUGUAAUACGUGUCAAUGUAAAUCGGUACGAACACGUUAUCCCAAUUGUCCUCUACCCACUUGUCCAAAUCCCAAAGAUCGUGCCAAACGUUUGCGCAAUAUACCGGCACGCCUUUACGAACUGGCGCCCGAAGUGCGUGAUCCGAUAAUGCAAGAAUUUCAAAUACCUGCACAGGCAACACGUUGCUGUUCGGCUUGUCUUAUGCGUAUACGAAGAAAAUUGGAUCCGCAUGUCAAUCUGACUGAUGAAGAACGUCGUACGGAUGGUGAUGAAUCGGAUGUUAGUACAUCGUCAUGUGAUGAACGUGAGCCGGGUGGCAGUGAUACUGCUUCGGUGGAAAGUCCCGAAAGUCAGCGUCAUAAUUCGCUAAGCAAGGAUCUCGUACAAAAACCUUCUGGCCAAUUGGUGGCUAAUAAAAAUAUAGAAAUCAUCAAUAGUUCUUCUACGCCCGACACUACUUCAACGGCUAAUGCCGCUGUCAGUGGGGUUGGUAGUAUGAGCAGUAAUACUGUUUCCAUUAGUAAAGCAGAUGAACGCUUAUUGCCGCCACUUGGUCAUGCGCCUAAGAAACAAAAGACUUCCGAGGAAUAUGAUUCCUCAGCUACAGAAACCGCCGAUGAAGAGAAUGAAAAUUCUCCUGCCAAUCGUCAAAGUCCCAAGGUUAUACUGAACAGUACGAGUACUGGUGGCAGUGGUGGUGUUGUUACCUGCAGCAGCAGUAGUUCUGUGGUAGUGUCAGCCGCCUCAGGUUUAGCUCCACCGCCUUCAACCUCAUCUAUAAAUGGUCCAAUGCCACCAUCGGCUGGCUCGUCUUCAUCACCCAAUGCAGGACCAGAUGCGAAUAAACAGGGACAUGCCAUGUCGCGUGAUUUACAGGACUAUCUAUACAAGGUAAUUGAACAUUCCCUCAAGCAAAAGGGUCCUCCACCUUCCAAACCACCAGCACAGCCACCUACACAAACAAAUCAACUUUCCAAUCCACACAUGAUAAGUAUGGGCAAACCGCCCAUACAACUGACCUUGGAUUCAGCGCCAAACAGCGGCAGUGGCAGCAACAAUAAUAGACGCAAUGAUGUGAUAAGCAGCAGUACCACAGCUAACAACAACAGUAUCAACAUCAGCAGUAAUAAAAACAAUAACAGCAACAAUAAUUCCAAUAACGAUGUCACUAUUGUACGGGAAUAUCGCAACGAUGGCUCGAUCAAACAUCAGCAACAAGCUCAUGGUCAGCCCUUGAUAAUAGGUGGUAGUGGUUCCGCUUCUUCGGGCAAUAGCGUACAAAAUCUAAAUGUACGGCAAUCACAAAUAGUCCAGCAGCCACCACCUCCUACACAAAUGGGAUCCACUACUAGCACUGCUCCGAGUCAUCCGGAAAAUUUAGCCACUUUAUCAGUAGUGAAUUCGUUUAUGCCAGGUCAACAUUUACCUCCACCUUCGCAUGGCAUGCUGCAUCAUCAGCAGCAUGAUAUCAAGGCCACCAUUACACCCGUCAUGAAAGCGGGCAAAACACCGACUCCACCCCAUGUGGUGGCACCCUCUCCCGACAGCAUUAUAUAUGCAGCAUCACGUAACAACGAACCUGAGCCUCAGACUCUUGACUUGUCGAUUAAGAAACCCUCCAGAGAUGGACCCUCACCACACAAUUCAUCUAAUAACUCCUCAUCGGGCACGUCGGGAGUUGGCAGUGAUAGUGGCAGUCUUGGUGGAUCACGUCAUCAGCAGCCUGCCAGCAGUUCAGGUGUUAAACACGUGGGCAAUGCCCCUAGCAUGUAUCGUGGUUCAGAACCAUCACCUCUUAUUGCAGCUCCGCCUAAUCAUGCGUACCUUUAUCAUCCUCACCCAGCCAGUGUGGGAGUAGGUAAGGUACCACCACCGGGUUCCCUUUAUGUGUCACAAGUACCUGUUCCCAUGUCUAUAACUCAACCGCCUGGUGGUCCAGGAUUGGGCAGUUCCUCUCAACGAGGACAAUCCUCACAGCAGCCUCCACCUCCCUCACAACCACCACCAUCGCACAUGCAAUUGUCGAGUCAACACAGCAAAUCUAUGAGUGGCAAUGUUAAUAAGAUGCCGCCCAAAUUAAGUCCACAAUUAAUACAUCCACCACCGCCGCAUUCGCAUCAGGCACCCUCGCCUUCGCAGCAACAGCAACAACAGCAAUUACUGGUGGGACCCAAAGGUUCUAUAACCCAUGGCACCCCCGUAAAUAAUGCCGCUCAACAGAUAAUUGUACACUCAGCACCCCCUGGAGCGACUUUAAGUCCUAAAUUUGAUAAUCUACUAAGACAGACGCCACCUUCGGGUGCUUCCGGUGCUGAAAGUAAUAAAUUGGGUUCCAUAACUCAGGGCACUCCCAUACACCUGCCCUCGCAUUUGGACAGCAAAAGAGCUUAUGAAUAUGCAUACAAAUCCUCACAACGUCAGAGUCCAGCUCAAAUGCAGCAUCAUCCGCCACCACCCCAACAGUCAUCACCACAAGGUCCACCACAAAAUGCCUACUCGGUAGGACCCUAUUCUAGAGCCCCCUAUCCAGUGGAGCAACCGCCUGUCUUGAGCACCCGGCAAAUUGUAAUGCACGAUUAUAUAACAUCACAACAAAUGCAGGGGCAACAGCAAAGAAAUGUGCCUCGUAGUGGUAGUGCAAACUCAGCGGGUACUCCAGCUUCAGGCAAGGAAUCACCUUCACCACGUAAUUCUGCCAGUGGACUGGUAUAUUACGACAAGGAAAGAGGACGUACCGAAUACUCGAGUCGAGCCUCACCGGCAGAACAUGCCAAUAGUACUCCCAGUCCUCAUCGUACACCGCCACCACCAAGGCAAGGUGUUAUCCAACGCCAUAAUACAGGUUCUAAACCACCCUCACCUGCUGCGCCACCCCAAAAUCGUAUGCAUGUAGUGAUGGCGCACAAUUUUCCGCCAGCCGGUCACGAUGCCUUUUCGUCAUUCGUUGACGUAGCUGUGCAGCAACCCCAAUUGCCAGUGCCCUCCCAAAAAGAUGACAAAUCAUCCGCUCCCUCUGGACCGCCAGGAGGCUCUGCUGGUGGUGGUCCACCACCACCUAAUGCCGGUCAACAACAACCGCCACCUCCCUCUCACCACGAUUCCAUACGCUAUCAAAUGAAUCGUGAUCAACAUAUGGCCGCUUUACAAAUGCAACAUCAUCAUCAACAACAGGCGGCUGCUGUAGUGGCACAACAACAGCAUCAGGCUGCUGUAGCCGCUCAACAGCAUCAGUAUCGUCAGCAACAUGCCGAUAUGCAGAGACGUCUGGAACAACAGAAGCGAGACCAGCGUAUGCAUAAUGCGGCCAUUGAGAGAGAUCGCGAUGCGAAACGUCAAGAGAGAGAUCGUAUGGAACGUAUGCAUGCCGAACGUCUCGAUCGUGAGAGAGAACAACGCGAAAGGGAUCGCGAGCGAGAUCGUGAAAGAGAUCGUGAGAGGCGUGAGCAAGAGCGUGCUGCUGAAGAGCGAGAGCGUGAUGGCAGGCGUAUGGAGCGUAUCUAUGCGGGUAAUGCUGCAACAGCGGCAGCAGUGGCAGCGGCAACGGGACAACCACAUUAUAUACGUGGACCUCCUCCACCAGAAACCGGACCACCACGUACAAUACCAGAUCGCGAACGAGAUCCCUAUCAUAGGACUCAUCCUGGCCAACCACCCACAGAGGGUACAUUUUCCGCCCAGAAUCUAAUCGAUGCUAUAAUCAAACAUCAAAUUAGUCAAACCAGCACUGAACCCAACAGAGAUUUAACCAGAACUGGAUUUUAUAAUGCCCGAGAUAUUGGACCACCGCAUCGUCCUACAAACGCUACAAUAUCAUCUCUACAAGCGGCCGAAAACAAUGGCAAAUCAUCAUCGCCCAAUGUUAUUAAUAUUGAUCUAGACAAUGAUCGCAGCACUGUAGCGUCAUCAUCGUCUUCAUCCAGUGGAGGUCAUCACGAGCCACCCUCAUCACGUAACUCACGCGGCGGCGGACAUAGUGGCAUGCCGCAAAGUUCAUCACAGCAACCACCACCCCAAUCCCAGUCAUCACAAAUGCGUACGAAAAACAUUACAGUCGGAGAAUUAACCGAUAAAAUUAUAUCGAAUGACUAUCACAAUCCAAUGCAUUUACGGGCACCGCCACCACACCCAACCAACUUUAUGCCCUAUAUGCAAGAUCCUCAAGGCAUCAUAGCCACCGAUGUGUGGAAAAUGAGUAGACGUGUUCAAAAAGAGGCAGAAGCGGCAGCAGCUGCUGCAGCGGCCGGACCAAAAGGUGUACCAUCGUCUGCUCAACAACAGGGUGUGAAUUCAAAUUCCAAUCCAGGUACUCCUAACAGUCAGGGUGGUAGAUCUACCACGCCUGGUGAUGAACGCAACAUAAUAAGAAUGCCUCAGUCUCAUAGUCCACGCAGUAAAUAUAUGCAAGAGUUUAUGAUACAAGCCCAGGACUAUCAUUAUCAGCAACAGCAGCAGCAACAACAUCAACAGCAAGCAAGCAGUUCUAUUAUGAGGGGAGGUUCAGCCUAUGACUCUAAUCCGGGUCCGGGUGGUUCCUCUAGUUCGGCAGGAGGCAGUGGUGGUGGCUCAGGGCCACCAGUGGUACCAAAUCACACUUUCGAUACCAUGAAAUAUGUACAAAAUCGUAUUGUAGAGGUAAUGCGCACCGAGGAUGAUCAUCGUGCUGCCAGCGGUGCCGGCCCAGGUCCUUCCAAUGAUCAUCAUGAUCAUCACAACGAUCAUCGCAUGAAAGAUCCUCAUGAACCUCGUAAAACACCCAAUCAAUAUGAUGAUCGUGAUGGUGGUCGCCGCUCAGCCAGUAGUGAUUCCUCACAUUCGCAUCCUUCUAGUAUGGGUGGUGGCUCCUAUCAGCCGGCCCCUGUUACAACAUUUGCUGCCCCCACUUAUGCUUAUCCCUAUAGCGCUUUAAAUGUACCCAGUUCGGUGGCUGGUCUACCGCCACCUCCACAAAUGAGUUUAAAUGUGGCCCAUCAAAUGCCACCCACUUCGGGUUCUUCGGCUCAUAAACAACCCACUCAUGUGUUGCAUGGUGGCGGUGGUAGUAUGGGUCAUGAUGGUGGUCCCAAUUCGGUGGUAAGCACUACAUCGGGUGGUGGUCCAGGUGGUCAAGCGGGUUCGGCUAAUGAACCUAAACCUCUGCUGUCGGCUCAAUAUGAGGCAUUAAGUGAUGAAGAUUAGUUGUGACUUCAGGCGUCUGGGGUGCAGCAUCGAUAUCAAGCACAAACCCAGACGCAUGCUAUACAUACUCAGCAACAGGCACAACAACAACAGCAGCAGCAGCAUCAUCAUAAUACACAGCAACAACAACAGCACCAUCAAACACAUCAUCAAUAUCAAGUUACUACUGCUGUUAAUCGUUUGCCAUCAGCUGAAGAACAAACAAGAACAAGUAUACGAAGUCAUUCUAAGCACACUAAUUCUCAACAACAACAUUAUCAAACUAAUCAGCAACAUAUGAACCUACAACAACAGCAACAACCACAAUACAAUUAUGCACGUAAUGUUUAUAAAACUCACGAUUUAACGAUAGAACAUCAGCAGCAAAUGCCACAAACUCAGCAAACAAUGCAAACAACAACAACACAUUAUCAUCAACAACAACAUCAUCAGCAGCAGCAACAACACCACUUACAACGCCAACAGCAGCAACAACAACUUUCAUUUAAUGGUAAUAUGAAAAAUAACAACAACCUCAAUACAAACAAUAAUAACAAUCGUUAUUUUUAAGACAAAAACACUGUAGAAAACAUUUUCUCCCCUUCUCACUUUCUAAGUAGCGAGCAUUUAUUUAUUAUUAAAAAAGGGAAAUUUGCAAAAGGAGAGAAAAGAAAAUAUAAACUUUUUACGGGUGCUACUCCUUGCCCUCUCUCCCUCUUUGUCUAUCUAUUUUUACUCAUUACUCGCCUUUCUCUUAGACAAACAAAAUAAAAACUGUAAAAAUUAUUAAUAAUAAAAUUUUGAAA